AUGUCAGACCAAACAGCAACCAUUGCUCCCCUUUGUGUUUCCACUCUUCAAUCUCUCAUCGUAUUCGCUGCUAAUUUUCUCACCAUAGCUGUGUUUUGGAUUCACCGAAACAAACUUAGACGAACUUACUUACUUCUUAUCAAUUUGGCCGUGGCCGAUCUUCUCGUUGGAUUCACAUACGUGACACCACAUUUGACGGUGUUAGCACUUCCUAGUUACAUUAGAAAAUCUAAACUUAAUGUCACGACUUAUGACUAUCUUGUAAUCCAAUUUCAUGUUACAUUUUUAAGUACAUCGAUGUUCUUUCUGGUUCUUAUUUCUCUGGAACGUGCAUCUGCUUUGAUUUGGCCGCUUCUUCAUCGAACAACAAGCACGAAGAUGUUCAUCUACGGUGUCGUCGCCGCUUGGUUAGCAAGUGUUUCUUUGGGUUCAUUAACCUGGCUGGUUAGCUACGGAAUAUUUGAGAUUUCUCACUAUAUCCUCACAUUUUCAAUCGUAAUCGUCUUAUCACUGGCAACGAUGUGCACAUCAUAACUAGCAAUCCGAAAAAAACUUAAACGCAAAGACCCCACAAUCGGUGCAACACAUCAGCGCAAAAUGGUUGAGCAAAACACAAGGAAACUUUCCAAAACUUUGUUCCUUAUGACAGGAGCAUCUGCUGCCUUUUGGGUUCCAAGCCUUGUUUUAUUUUCUUGUCUUAAUUUCGCUCCAGGAAUGUUUCCUAAAUUUGUGAAAUAUUUGUUAAUCAUAAUUCAUAUAUGCAAUUCCGUCGUAAAUCCAGUGAUUUACAGUCUGAGAAUGCCAAUGUUCAGACAAAGUCUUAGACGAUUUAGACUUGUAAAUUUUCGAAAGCAGCGGAAAAAAUACAUAGUUAAUUGAGGAUAUUUUUAUAAAGCCUACGUAACAUAAAAGAAAUAUACAUUAUAGUGACCAAGCUUUGUAAUCUGAGCUCGACACUCGAAAAAUGAAAUCUGGGCCCCGGGUUCAGGUCGAACUUUUCAGGAACCGAACCUAUCCUAUCCGAACCUAAUAAGUAAGUACAUGACAAGUUUCGGCGUCUGAAUAAUAGGAACACCUAUUUCAAUUUCACACGGUUCAGCCGUUCUUUUCGCCUUGCCCGGCCAGGAAUUUCGCCUUUGGAGCGACUUUGGAAUGGCUUUGAUUCAGAAAGCAGAACGUUUCAUGUACCAAACCUGAUGCAUAAAUUAUUACAUCGUAUUUUGUACACUGUAGUUUUGCUUUUGCUGAACUCACUAUAAAGCUAGUUCAGCUGUAAUUAAGAUCGGCGCCUGAAUCAAUUCAGCUGAUCCAAAUAAUUUGAGUCGGCCUUAUUUCGAGUUAGCUUUGGGCUCAUGAAAAGUUCGGCGUAAAAUGAUGGCGACAGGAUUUUCUUCAUUUCAUUUGUAAUAUAAAAGCAGGAGAUGAUGCUUAAAGCAUCUUUUAAGUUUUCUCGAAUUUUUUAAGUCCCAAUGUUUUCUUUUCUCUUUAUGAACCGCUUGAGAUUUUUGUCUAAAAUUUGACUGUCAACAUUUUGAUCGGCAGUGCCGCGGCCGCAUUUAGACUUCACAAUAUUUUAAUAUUAUUUUGGGGAUGAGAGAUUGACUCAUACCUUUUUGAAAAAUAAUAGAAGUAGGAUUCAAGCCGAAGUAAAAGGCUAACAUCGUUUGAACGAAAUUAAAAGGGAAAUAUCUACUUAUAUUAAUAGCGUUUAACAAAAUAACCACGAAUGAUGCGCAAUAAAACAAAAUCGCUUUUUAAUUUCUCGUCUCACCCUUACUCAUCUGUCCACGCUCUUUUUACAAUGUAGUUUUAAAGUAAGCGUUUUAUCCAGAAAGCGGGAAAAAGUUUUAAAAAAUUCCUCUUUUCUAUUAAAAAUUAAGGAAGUAUUAUGUGAACAAACGAUUGUUAAAACCUAAAAUAAAUAAAAGUUGCGGAUAUGUCAUGGCAAAAUAUAUUAUCAACACGGGUUCAAAAAUACAGAGAAGAUAUUAAGCAGAAAUCCAAAAGGAAAUUAUGUUAUAUUAAUUUUCAGUGGACAAAAGCUUUGCACCAGAAAAAAGAAAAAUAAGCCAUAUCAAAUUCUUUUUUACACUUGUCAAGGGCUAUAGAUGUAAUUAGUUAUCUGUAAAAACACCAAAGAGAAUUUCUAACGGGAGCUUGAGAAAAUGAAUUUCAAAUUUCAUAGUAAUUGAGAAAACACCGUACAGGUAAAUUCGUCAUUGCUAACACCUCAUUUUGUAAAAUGUGAGGCUUUUGAAGUUUGUUUUACGUUUUCUCGGGCUCCAAUAUAAAGAACCUCUUCUUUGGAGUUUUAUUAUACAACUUAUAACUACAUUAAUAGCCCUUGAAAAGUGUGAAAAAGAAAGCAAUAUGCUUGAGAUUAUUCUGGUACAAGGUUUUUGACAACGGAAAAUUAAAACUACUCAUUUGACAAUUUCCUAAUGGAUUUCAUCUUAAAUACAAUGAAGUUCAAUUAUCCCCUAGCAGCAAGUCAAUUUCAUAUCAGUCAUGAAAACUUUUGAAUCGAUUAAUGAGCAGAAAAUACCCUUUUUUUAGGAAAAUAAAAGUUCACUAUUUUCCAUAUCAUUUUAACAUGAUUUAUCAUUUUAUGGGCAGAUUUUUUCUUUUAUGUUCAAAGGUGGAUUUCUCUUGGAAACUAUAGGUACGUUGGUUAAAAAAAAAGAAAAAAAUAAGGGUGAUGUAGUAACACAAUUGUGUCAACACACAUUUAAUUAAAGAAAUCUUUUUUUUCAAAUUUCAUUUCAAAAUUGGGCUUGGGUAGUGUAGGAGCUGCUUAGAAGGUCUCUCCUAAUUGCUCGCAGAAAAAAUGACAUUCUUUCAAUUGUUUUAGUAUUGUUUGGGGCUGGGGUUAGGCACCCUUGGUGACUUCUCUUGAGAGCAGCUGCUACAUGACCCUUUGGCUUCGCCGUUUAAAUUUUUAGUUGUCUCUGUUUUUUUAUUUCAUAUUUAUAAUUACAUGGUUUCACAACUUUUAAUUUCAGUAGAAAUUAUGUUACUUCGCAUAUUGAUUGUAAACCUUAAAAGCCAUGCUAGAUUUUUCAAACAUUGAAAACGCGUUUAGGCAUUGCAAAAUGCGUUCAAAUUAUCCCUUUGGCUUUUGUCUUGCUUUGAGAUAUGUCAUUCAGUCUUUCAUAUAUAACUGAGUGGUUGUUAAAUAAUACUUUUCCUGUGCUCGUUGAAACUCUUUUUGGGUGAAGCUGUACUUAUAUAAGGAACUACUUCACCCCAGGUAGCAGGGCACUGCAAGGAAAGCGAUCACCAAAAACUAUAAAAUCAGACAACACUACUGGGCUAUAUACAGAAUAUUCUCCAGAAGGUCUGGAAGUUUGUAUAUCGAAAUGUCUGUUGAUACUGCUUCCAUUGCAGUCUUAAUCCUUCUCGCUUUUCUGUCUAUCAUCGUUUGUAUUUCUAACGCUUUCACCGUGUUUGUUUUCUGGGUCCAUCAAAGUAAACUGAAACGAACAAGCUUUCUUGUUAUUAACUUGGCUGUGGCAGAUCUCCUUGUUGGACUCACAGAUACUGUAGAGGUCGGAGCAUUUGCUCUUCCAAGACAUAUCGGCUCAAACGAAACUAUUACCGAGAUGAAAGGUAGCAUUGUAGCCCCUUUUGUAGCCUCUUUCUCGUGUGCAUCUGUGUUUUUUCUCGUGCUGAUUUCCCUGGAACGAGCUUUUGCUUUGAUUUGGCCGCUUCGACAUCGUGUAACAAGCAGAAAGGUCUACACCUAUAGCGUUGUUAUAGCGUGGCUAGCUGGGAUAACUAUAGGUGUAUUCAGUUUCCUUGCUGUAGUUAGAAAAUACCAAGUGAAGUAUUUUGCAGUUGCUGCUACAAUCAUCAUUGGUUUCUCCUUGAUUACGAUUUGUGUGUCUUACCUGUCCAUCAGGAAAAAAAUCAGCAACAGAACUCCUGCUAUCGACACAGAGCAUAGCAGAAUAAGCAUCGAACAAAAUACAAAACUCUCCAAGACUCUUUUUAUCAUGAUCGGUGCAUCUGCUGCUUUGUGGGUUCCUAGCGUUACAUGGUACAAUAUCAGUCUAUGGUUUCCAAGCCUGUUUCCUCAUUUUGUUGCUCACCUUUCCACAAUGGUACAUUUGACUAAUUCUCUUGUUAAUCCAGUCAUUUAUAGUUUUAAAAUGCCAAUAUUCAGGAGAAGCUAUGAACAAUUGCGAGACAAGCUAAAACUUGUCAAGCGAGCGAAAAGGUACACAGUAAAUUAAUUAGUAAGAGCCAGAGGAUUAGAUUUAAAAAAUAUAUUAAAGGUUUGUUUAUAGUAGAAAGUGCACUUCGUUUGUCCAGCUAGUUUACAGGCACUCCACUCAAAUAAUUCUGAAACAAAUGAUGCAAAUAGAACAUAGCAGGAAUAGAGACCUUUAGAUUCGAGGACGAGGACGGCUUCGAGUACGAGAUUGUACUUAAAGUUUUUUCGUGUCUUCUCAAAAUGUAGACUUCCUGGAAAGCUUCAUUUUACCAUUUUUCACUAGAAAAAUUAGCAUUGUUAUUUUUAGUGAAGCAGGUUACGCGCUCUCUCGAUCGCAAAAUGAUACAACUUUUAAAUUUGAUAACUUGUUUUCGCCACCUCGACAUUUGCGCGAAAACUCUUAGUAGAAUGACGACGGUUAUCACGUUUUCCGGCCAAAAUGACGCUGGUUCACGCGCGUACUGACUACUUAGUAUCGCGAAAAUCUCGUAUUCGUGGUCGUACUCGUCUUAGAAUCUAAAGCUCUCUAUUAAAAAGCCCCACUGGCGGGAGGCUGCACCAAUUGGCUAUUUACAAGUGUGACCGAGGAUUUGAACUGGGUACGACCGAGAUAUCUUACUUGGCAGCCAUGAAAAGUCCAAUCGGGAAACCCUAAGCCAGUCAGAAUUGAUGAGCUUAGAUUAUUUAAGAAAAAACCAGAGCGGUGCGUUUGUAAUAUUUCUCUGUAAUUUCAACAGUCCUAUUCAGGACUACAUUCACCCGGACGAUCAAACUCAACCUUUUGUAAUUUCAUUUUCUUACUAUCAACUUAGGCUAGGUUGAGCAAAAGAGAAAAUUAUUUUCCUCUUCUUAUAAAUGACUAAAGAAAUAUUUUAUGUAAACCAUCCAUUGAUAAAACCUGGGAUUUGUUGAUGUAGGAUAAUAGAAUGUUAGCCCAUAUUUAUCAAAAACUGUAAAGAAAAACAGUUAAAAUUCUCCCUUGUUAUUUUGUGUUUUACUAUGAUUAGUCAGUAAUCAUCUCAUUAUUGUUCUUCUUCUUCCUCUUUUUUUUCGUGUUAAAUAGUACAUCUGUUCUUUGACUUCUUUUAAAGACAAGAAUUUUGUGGUGUUCCACGCAAAUUUAAUGGAAUCUUUAGAAACUGGAUUCACAUGUUAAGACGGAAUCCAUCAGGAAAUUGAGUAAUUUCAACUUUGAGUGCACAAAAACCUUGUACCAGAAUAAUUUGAACAAUAUCGCAUUCUUUUUUACCUUUUUCAAUGGCUAUAGGUCUAAUUUAUUAUCUAUAAUGACACCGACCAUUUCUAAUGGGAGCGCUAGAAAAUAAAUGUCAAAUUUCACAUGAAUUGUUAAAACACAGGUAAAAUUCUGAAAAUUUCAUGUGCAAGACGUCAUUUUGUGGAGUCUGACAUUCCUUUUCUCGGGCUCCCAUAUAGGAAAUUUUCUUUGGUGCUAUUACAGAUAACUAAUUACAUUCUGUAACCCUUGAAGAGUGUAAACAAGAAUGCGAUAUUGUUCUAAUUAUUCUUGUACAAAAUUUUUGUCUACUGAAAAUUAUAAUUACUCAAUUUCCUGAUAGAUUCCGUCUUAAUAAUUUAUUAUUUCAACCUUAUUUUAGCUUCACCUGUCCAAUAUUGAAACGAUAAUUUACUUACAUUUGAUCGUUUGGUACUGUAAACAUUGUACAUAUCUAAUGUAAUCUGUUUUACUUUUUGCUUCCUUUCUUCUAUAAAUAACUAGAUUUCCUUAAUUUACACUCACCUUUUAUCAUUUGUGUCAAAAUAAAGGUCAUCAGUUCUGCAUCAUCAUCUUCUUCAUCUGUGAAUCAGUCUCUCAAAUUAAAUAGACUUGCGGUGUUUAAUACGUUAUUCUAUUGAAGCUCUUUUGGUACAUUGUGUUGAUAUGACUGACAACCUUUUCACGCCAAGGUAGUUCAGGUAACGUUAUCUCACCGGUAGGAUCUUAUACGGAUUAUUCUUCUCCGAAAAAAGAAACUAAUUUAUCUCUGUCGUUAUGACAAAUGAUACGGCAGCCAUUGCAGUUUUGUGCCUUCUUGUUCUUCUAUCCAUCUUUGUUUUUAUUUUUAACACUUUCACUGUGUUUGUUUUCUGGAUUCAUCGAAAGAAACUAACGCGAACAAGCUUUCUCGUUAUCAACCUGGCUGUGGUGGACCUUUUUGCUGGCCUCACAGAAAUAAUAGAGGUCGCUGGUGGAUGGACUUUAGCAGGACAAAUCGACUCAAACAAAACAAUCCAAGAAGUCAAUGAAAGCGUUCCACCUUCUUUUCAAGUCUUAUCCUCGUCCGCAUCUGUAUUUUUUCUCGUUCUGAUUUCUCUGGAACGAGCCUUCGCCUUGAUCUGGCCGCUUCGUCAUCGUGUAACAAGCACCAAGGUUUACAUUUACAGUGUAGUUAUCGUAUGGUUAGCUGGGAUAGCUAUGGGUCUAAGCAGUUUUAUUGCUUUCCUUGGAAUCUAAAAUUUAACGUAUUUCGCGGUUGGUGCGGCGGUCAUCAUCGGUUUCUCCUUGAUUACGAUUUGUGUGUCUUACCUGUCCAUCAGGAAAAAAAUUAACAACAGAACUCCUGCUAUCAACACAGAGCAUAGCAGAAUAAGUGUUGAACAAAAUACAAAACUCUCCAAGACUCUUUUUAUCGUGAUAGGAGCAUCUCUUGCUUUAUGGGUUCCUAGCCUGACAUGGUACAAUAUCAGUGUUUGGUUUCCACGUCUGUUUCCUCAUUUUGUUAUUCACAUUUUCACAAUGCUACACAUCACCAAUUCCCUUGUCAAUCCAAUUAUUUAUAGCUUAAGAAUACCAGUAUUCAAAAAAACCAUACAACAA